GGCGGGCCCCCCCCGGGCAGCCCGCCGCUGAGCCCGCUGUGGCAGAGCCGGUUUCAGGAGAAGGAGGACCUGCAGGAGCUUAACGACCGCCUGGUGGUCUACAUCGACCAGGUGCAGACACUGAAGACCGACAAUUCGGUGCUGCAGGAGGCGAGCAGCGACAGGGAGCUGGGCGCCCUGCGGCGCCACUACGAGGCGGAGCUGGCCGACGCUCGCCGGGCGCUGGACGACAUCGCCACGGAGCGGGCCACGCUGCAGGCGGAGCUGAGCAAGAUCGGUGAGGAGCACCAGCAGCUGCGCAGCAGGAAUUCAAAAAAAGAAGCUGAUUUAAACCUGGCACAGGCUCGUAUGAGAGACCUUGAUGUUAAGCUGAAUGCGACAGGAGCUGACUUAGUAACAGCUUUGAAUGAGAAACGAAGUUUGGAGAAUGACCUUCGUGAAUUAAACAAUCAAGUAGUCACUCUGCAGCUGUCACUGGAAGAUAUCAAAAAACAUCUCCACACUGAAACACUGAAGAGGGUGGACCUGGAAAACUAUAUGAAAACUCUGCAGGAACAACUGACAUUCCAGAAACGUGUUCAUGAAGACGAGCUCAAGGAGACAAAAAGAGUCCAUGAGAGCAGGAUGGCAGAAAUAGAAUCUGGCUAUCAGAGAGAAUUUGAGAGUGAGCUCUCAGAUGCUCUGCAGAGGCUCAGAGAAGAACAUGAAGAAAAAAUUCAAGGAUACAAAGACGAGCUGGAGCGAACAUUCAGUGCAAAAAUUCAGAAUGCUCAGCUAUCUGCAGCAAGAAAUAGUGACCUUGCUGAUGUUGCUCAGGAGGAGCUGAUGGAAACAAAGCUGAGAGUUGAUACUUUGACAUCUGAAGUUAAUCAAUAUGAAAGCCAGAAUGCUGCUUUGGAGAACAAAUUAAAGGAGCUACAGAAGACACUGGAUUAUGAUCGCAAUCUCUAUCAAAGGCACAUGGCUGAAAAAGAGAAGGAAAUGGCACAAGCCCGGGACCAGGCACAAUUACAGUUGGAAGAAUAUGGGAAUCUCUUAGAUGUGAAACUGGCUCUAGAUCUGGAAAUAAAUGCCUACAGAAAGAUGCUGGAAGGAGAGGAACAGAGGCUAAAGCUGCCACUAAGUCCAUCUUUACACAGCACUGCAACUCAAGCUACAAUUCAAGGGCGACGGUUCCUGCAUGGGAAGAAAAGGAAAGCGAAAGAAGGCCAAAAAAGGGGACAUAGUGCUGGGUUUAAGACUGUUCAGCAUGCUUCAUCUUCUGGAAAUGUAACUAUUGAAGAAAUUGAUGAAGACGGAAAAUUUGUCAAGCUUAAGAACAACUCUGAUGAGGAUCAACCAUUACAUGGAUGGGUGCUAAGACGACAUCUUGGAAGUGUGUCAGAUGUAACAUAUGAAUUUCCUCCACGGUUCACUCUUCAAGCAGGCCAAGUAGUUACAAUCUGGGGUGCAGCUGCUGGUGUAAGUUCAGGUCCUGGUGAUCUGAUCUGGAGGUCUCAGAGGUCUUGGGGAUCUGGGUGUAAUGUUGAUGUUACACUCAUCUCAGCUGAUGGUGAGGAACUUGCAGAGAGGAAGAUAAUGCAUAUACCCAGAGAAGAAGAAAGUGGUGAGCAAAAUGAUGAGUAUGAAGAAGUAACUGGAAGUGAAACAGACUUUCCACCUCAGCAAAGUGAGGAUCGUAGCUGUUCCAUCAUGUAA